AUGGAGUUCCGCUUCCGCGCCGGGGACCGCGGGCCGCCCGGCUCCUCCCCGCCAGCCCCCGGAGGCUCCCCGCCGGCACGGUUCUCCCUCCCCCGCGACGGCUACACCGGUGCCGGUGCGCAAGGCACGCAAGCAGGGCCUUCGCCUUCGCCUUUGCCGCGGCCGCCGCUCGAGUGGGAGGCGGCGCGGCGAGAGCACCUCAUCCGCGAGGAGGUGAGGCGGCGGCUCGUCGAGGAGGAGGUGCGCCGCGAGUUCGAGGCCGAGGGCGACCUCGCCUUCGCCCGCGGGGGCUGGGGGCCCGACCCCUUCCUCGCCCCCGGUUGCUUCAUGCCGCCGCCGACGAUGCCGAUGCCGAUGCGCCCGCCCCCGUACGCGCCGCCGCCGCCGGUGCCUUUCGACGAGUUUGGUGCCUGGCAGGGGUUUGUGCCUCGCCGGCACGCGGGAUUUGGGGAAAGGAUGCCGUUCCCCUGCGAGGAGAGGAGGUGGUCUCCGCCGCGUCAGAAGCCGAAGCAUAAGCUCCAGCUGCUUGAGAUCGAGCCCUCCGGGACACCCGUGGCUCUUUCACCAAAAUUGAAGGUUCCAAAGAUGAAGAGGAAAGCAGCUGCAAAUGCUGCAGCUACUGUACCAAAGAAAGUACAGAAACUAGCCAAGGACUGGAGCUGUGCACUAUGCCAGGUUAGUGCAACAUGUGAAGCUGGUCUAAAUGAGCAUCUCGGAGGAAGAAAACAUAAGGCCAAGUUGGCACAGUGUGGCGCCAGCAAGGCAAUCAAAGAUGACAAAAACUGCUUGCAGGCGACCACUGGGAAUAAGAACAGCACAGAUCCUUGUGAUGCACCUAAGAAAGUACACAUGCUAGUAGACGGUGAAAUGCAUGAAGUUGUUCAGAAGAACAACUAUCUGUGGUGUGAUCGCUGCAGAGUCAGGUGUGAUAGCAACGUCAUCAUGGCUGGUCAUCUGCGGAGCAAAAAGCACAGUAAAUUAAACAAGGUUUGGACAUCGAUAAAAGCUGUGAGGACAAAUACUGAUACUAAGGAAGGUUUGCCUUCUUGUGGAAGUCUGGUAAAUACAAACGACUGUACUGAAAUUCCAGCGGUAAUUGAAGGCGACAUAAAUAUGACCAGUGAAGUAGAUGAAAGUAGCCCUGCAGAAAAUCCCGCCGGGAAAGAAAUCAAAAGCAUUGCCACCGAAGUAGAAAUUCCAGCGGUAAUUGAUGGCGGCAUAAAUAUGACCAGUGGUGUAGAUGAAAGUAGCCUUGUAGAAAAUCCAGCUGGGAAAGAAAUCACAAGCAUCGCCACCGAAGUAGAAAGUAUAACCAUGGCUACCGAAGUACAUGAAAAUAACCCUGUUGAAACUCCAGUUGAAACAAAGAAGGAAAGCACAGACAUGACAAAUGAUGUGUGA